AUGGGGGGGGGAGGUCAGGGCCCCCAGUCACCAGGAAGGAAAAAGGAAACACAAACCAAAGCUGGUGCUGGCAAUAUGGGCAGUACCUUGAGACAUGAUUGACAUGAAGGCUUGAAUCCUAAAGGUACAAAAGAGCUAUGUGCUCAUAUACUAUUUUCUCAUAAGGUACACAUUGAAACUGUGUGUGAAGUAAAGAAAAUAUACCUUCAGGAAGAAUUUAGAAUUUCUAAUAAAAAGUCCUUGCCUUUUCCCAGAGACCAUUCUAAUCAGUCAGUCACAACUGAUAAAAAUAUAUAUAUAUAUAUAGAAUUGACUAAUGAAAAGAAAAAUGGCUAUGAUUUCAUUGUCAGUGCUGCAGGAAUUACACCAAAUAUAGACCCUUUUCUCUAAGGCAACAACUUUGCUCUGGGAGAAGACGGUGGCCUGAAAGUGGAUGCUUCCAUGCACACACAUCUCUCUGAUGUCUGCGCCAUGGAUGACAUCUGCACCACAUCCUGGAGGCCCGGGCCGGUGUGGCAGGAGAUGAGGCUGUGGACCCAGGCUAGACAGAUGGGAUGGUAUGCAGUGAAGUCCAUGGCUGCGGCUAAUUUACAAGAAUCUAUUGACAUGGACUUCAGCAUUGAACUGUUUGCUCAUGUAGCAAAAUUUUUUAACUAUAAGGUCAUAUUGCUGGGAAAAUAAAACCCACAGAUGUUAGAUUCAGAUCAUGAAUUAAUGCGAUGUACCACCAAAGGACAAGAAUUCAGCAAAGUCGUCAAGCCUGGACAAAUUAUGGGAACUGUCUUAGUUGGUGAAACUGAUUUAGGAGAAACUGAAAACUUAAUUUUAAAUCAGAUGGAUCUUUCAUCAUAUGGAGAAGAACAGCUAGAUCCAAAUAUUGAUUUAGAAGAUUAUAUAAUUCUUAAAAUCUGUUAG